GCCAUCUGCAGCUUCUGACACCAACCAUGGCUGAACACGACUAUGAAACCGUAAAUGUGGUUAUCUGUGGCUGCGGACCAACCGGAGCGAUGCUCUCUGCAUAUCUAGGCCGACUGUCUGUUCGACAUAUUGUGCUAGAAAAAGAAGAUGGAAUAACCACGGAUCCGCGGGGCAUUGCUCUCGAUGAAGAUGGGAUCCGUCUACUUCAGGGGAUUGGGGUUUAUGAGCAUGUGUACAAGGAUAUUGGGACUUGCAUGCAGAAAUUCAAGUUUAUUGGGGGAACGGAGAAAACGCUUGAUACUGCGCCUUUUCUGGAGAUGGACUAUGGAACGACCGAAGGUGGUACCGGACACGUGGGCUUUAUAUGUCACAAACAACCAACCCUGGAGCAGCAUCUUCGGAAUGCUAUGACAUCCUCUGAAUUCUGCCAAUUGAGAUCAAACAGCACCGUUUUCGAAAUUCGCGAGGACGAAGAAUACACCUAUUGUCGCUACCGCGACAUAAACGGAAACACGCACACAAUCAAAUCUCGAUUUUUCAUCGGCGCAGAUGGUAAAACAGGCUUUACCAGAAAGAAUUACCUCGAACCAUUGGGAAUCUACAUGGAACAGGCUCACCAGUCAUUCUACGACGAAACCUGGGUAGCACUAAACUGGAACAUAGUACUCCCAACACCAACGACCCACCCAGACUUCCCACUAUGGGACCUAGGCUUCACGCCCCAACAAGUCUACGACCUCUUCUUCCCAUCCAACUUCCGUUUUAUCUGCAAUCCAAACCGUCCAGCCGUAUACGGUCGCUUCGGCCUCCCAGAAGACAGAUUAUGCCGGUUCGAGUUCGUCGUUCAAAACGGUGAAGAUGGAGAUGAAAUGGCCAGCCCUGCGAAGAUCAAAGAGGUUGUUUUCCCGUACUUCUCGCAUGCUGGGAGUCAAUAUGGGUUAUCGCAGGAUGUUCGAUUUCCGGAAGACUGCAUUCACAUCCUUCGUUCUAGACCAUUUAGAUUCGCUGCGCGAAACUGCAACGAGUGGUUUCACGGCCGAGUUGUUCUCUGCGGUGACUCCGCGCAUGUUUUUCCUCCGUUCGGUGGCCAAGGCAUAGCCUCCGGCUUCCGCGAUGCCAUCUCUCUAUCCUGGCGUCUAGCCCUACUCACCCGCCAGCAAUCCCCAUCUCCCACCUAUCCUCCCAAUCACCUAGAAAUCCUCACAGCAUGGUCCCGCGAGCGCAAACAACAACUAACCCGUUCCCUAUCUGCCACAAUCGCAAACGGCAACUUCGUAACAGAGCGUAAUCCACUCAAGAUCUUCCUUCGCGAUUGGUCCCUCUACAUUCUCUCGUUUCUACCAAGUUAUCGACGAGAUAUGAGACUCGGACACAGGAAGGAGGGCAUGAUUCGGUACGGGUUUGCGGAUGGGAUGCCGUUCAUUCCGGAGUUGGGAGGUGGGGUUUGUGUUCCGCAGGUUUAUGUUUCUGCUUGGAAAGGGGGGCAAGAGGGGUAUGAGGGGGAGGUACUUUUUAGUGAUGAUGUAGUUUUUGGGAGGGGGAAGAGGGGGCUUUUUCAGGUGUUAGUUUAUGUUAGGGAUCUGAAGGAACUAUCCUCCGCGAGGGAGGUAGUCUCAACCAUCGAGCAAACCUCGAAUGGCGAAAUACCCGCCACCGAAGUAACCUUUAUCUUCGAUGCUACUACACCUACCCCAUCCUCAGAGAGAGAGGAUACCAUGCCCCCCAUCUACAGACUAGCCACCGCAGAAGAAUUUGCUGCGUCGCCAUUAUGUCGAGGCCGCCCGGAGCCGCGUUAUUACAAUCCUUAUUAUCUUGGGGAUAUUGUGGGUAGUGGAAGUGUUAAGUAUGCGAUUUUGAGGUCUGAUCGGUUUGUCUAUGCUUCUUGUGAUAGUCAAAGGGAUUUGGAGGGUAUGGUUGGUGGAUUGGCGAGGUAUUUGAGAGGGGUGAUAUAGUGGUGCUGUUUGAGCUGAUUAUAAGUUACAUAAACCUCG